GGCGUAGACUUUGCAUCACUUUUCAAUAAUCCACAGAUGCUGAACAUGGCUCAGACCCUUAUGAAUGAUCCUAACAUACAAAAUAUGAUGGGCCAGCUAAUGUCGGGUGGAGCAGGAUUCGGGAAUAUCUUCCAAGCUGGUCAGCAGCUCGCCCAACAAAUGCAGCAAACGAAUCCAGAAUUCGUUGAACAGCUGAGACGGCAGUUUGAGGAUCACGGUCGAACCAACAACGAGAACAACGAAGGUGGAAGUGAAAAUGACCAAAACCAAAAUCAACAAGACCGACAACAACAAUAA